UGAAGAACACACUGCGCUUGAAUUGAAUCAAACACAUAAAUAGGCAGAAUGAGCAGCACUGCAAAGUUUCUUGCUAAAAGACAGGAUAGAGAUAAAGGUAUUGGGACGAACAAGAAGGCGAUACCAUUCCACAAGCAGGACUAUCAGAGUCUAAAACGUCAAUGUUUGGAGAGAAGAACAUUGUUUUGUGAUUGGACCUUCCCUGCAGGUUCUGAGUCUCUGGGCUACAAUAAACUGGGACCAUAUUCCCCCAAUGCCCAAGGAGUGGAGUGGAAAAGACCAAAGGAGCUGUGUGCAAACCCUCAGUUUAUUGUGGAUGGUGCCGAUCGGACUGACAUCUGCCAAGGGGAUUUAGGUGACUGUUGGCUUCUGGCAGCCAUUGCCUCUUUGACUCUAAACCACAAUGUUUUGUGCCGUGUAGUCCCGCCUGAUCAGAGCUUUUCAGAUGGUUACGCCGGCAUCUUUCACUUUAAGUUUUGGCAGUAUGGUGAAUGGGUGGAUGUUGUCAUUGAUGACCGUCUGCCUACCAGAUAUGGACGACUGCUGUUUGUUCGUUCAGCAGAGCGUUCAGAGUUCUGGAGCGCCCUGCUGGAAAAGGCCUAUGCAAAGCUCCAUGGCUCGUAUGAAGCUCUGACUUGCGGCAAAGUCACUGAGGGUUUUAAGGACUUUACGGGAGGUAUUGCUGAGGACUAUGAGCUGAGUAAAGCCCCUCCACAUCUGUUUAAGAUCAUUCAGAAAGCACUUUGGUUGGGCUCCCUGCUUGGGUGCUCCAUUGAUACUACCAGUGCAAAUGAAAUUGAGGCAAUGAACAACCUAAACUUGGUAAAAGGACAUGCGUACUCUGUCACUGGUGCAGAGGAGGUUCACUACCGCGGGCGUCCUGUGCAGCUGGUGCGUCUUAGGAACCCGUGGGGUCAGAAGGAGUGGAAGGGUGCAUGGAGUGACAACUCCAGUGAGUGGAAUUAUGUCCGACUGGAUGAGAAAGCUAAACUGAAUUAUUCAGCUGAGGAUGGAGAAUUCUGGAUGGCAUAUUCAGACUUUGUGCGGCAUUUCUCAAGGCUGGAGAUUUGUAAUCUGACUCCAGACACUUUAACCAGUGAAGAGGUGAGGCACUGGAACUACUGCCAGUUUGAUGGCAACUGGAUAGUGGGAUCCACCGCAGGAGGCUGCAUUAAAAAUAGAGCUACAUUCUCCUCAAACCCUCAGUUUGUGAUCAAGCUUGAAGAUGUUGAUGAUGACCCUUAUGAUGGAGAAGAUGGUUGCACUUUGCUGGUGGGACUGAUGCAGAAAUAUGGGCGUAAAGAAAAACGCACUGGCCGAUCCCUGAAUCACAUUGGCUUUGUUAUCUAUAAGGUUCCAGAUGAGUACAAGGGUCGCAGUAAUGUUCAUCUCGGCUCAGAUGUGCUGCUGUAUAAACACUCAGUUGCGUGUAGCAGGGGUUUCUUCAACCAGCGAGAGAUAAGCAAGCGCUUUAAGUUGCCUCCUGGAGAAUAUGUCAUCAUCCCCUCCACUCAUGAUCCCAAUCUCAAGGGAAGUUUUAUACUGCGUGUGUUUACAGAGAAAAAGGCGGCUGCCAGCCCGUUGGAUGUUAAUAUCACUGCAAAUAUUCAAAAGGAUCGCAUAUCUGACAAUAAUGUGGACAUACGUUAUAAACAGCUUUUUAUGCAGUUUGCUGGAAAUGACUCAGAGCUGUCUGUGGUGGAGCUACAGCAGAUGCUGAAGAACUUUGUCGCUAAAAGAACUGAUAUCAAGUCUGAUGGUUUCAGUAGGGAAACGUGUCAUCACAUUAUCAGCCUGCUAGACAAAGAUGGCAAUGGCAAACUUGGUCUGGUGGAGUUUUACACCCUGUGGAUAAAGAUCCAGAAAUAUUUGGAAAUUUUUAAGAAAAGUGACGCAGACAAGUCAGGCACCAUGAGUUCAUAUGAGAUGAGAGAUGCGCUUAAAUAUGCAGGGUUCCAAGUGAACGGUGAAAUACUUCAGGUGAUAAUCUCACGUUAUGCCAAUAAGCACCAAGCCAUUUACUUUGAUAACUUUGUGGGCUGCCUGAUCCACUUGGAGAUGCGCUUCAAACAAUUUCAAUUCUUCAAUAAGAACACCGGGAAAAUCGAGCUGGAUAUCCAGGAGUGGCUUUGCUUGACCCUCUAAAAAUCCACAAAUUUCCUGCAAAAACAAAAGACUCAGAAUUCCUGGGAGAAGGAUGGUUGGGCUGAUGGAGUAAAAUCAGUCCGAGUGUGUUAUCUAAACCAUGAAUUGUUUUUGAUAUGCAAUUUGUUAAUGGUGAUGAAUCUAAAAAUCUGAGUUUUGAGUAUUCAUUUAGCAUUUUUUAUUACAACAUUUAUUUUAUGAAAAAUGUCAUUUUUGUCUUUGGGUAUCAACUGAGCAUCGUUUAAAUGCCACGGCCUAACAAAGUGUUUGCCCUUGUUUUCUCAAGCCGUUUCAAGUUGAUUUUGAACUCAAUAAUUGACGAAAAUCAAUCAGGUUUUAUGAAAGGGCGCCAUAUUUUCAAUAUUAUAGGCUUGUCUUCAACGUGAUUGAUUACUUUGAUCUUAUCGAGGAUGACAGUUUAAUUUUUUUUUGGACUUUUUCAAGGCCUUUGACACUAUUGAACAUACUUUCAUUUUUUUCUGUUUAGAGUGUUUUGGUUUCGUAGCCCAUUUUUGUAAUGCCAUGGAAACAUGUAUGCAGGAGGAAAUAGCUCCGUAAAGUUAGCACAUGGCACAACCCAGAGAUUUCUUCUAGAAAGAGGAAUCCGACAGGGCUGUCCAGUCUCUGUAUAUCUUUUUCUUAUUGUAGCACAGGCCUUCUGUCAUUUCAUUAAGGAUAGUAAACUAGAAGGGAUUCAUAUUGCUGGUAGAAAUAUUUAAAUUAGUCAGAUAGCAGAUAUAACAGAAAUUAAACUUAAUCCAGUUUUGUCACACCCAUUCUCUAACAGGACAAACAUACACUGAUAGCAAUAAGCUCCGGGGCGGAUUUGUAACGGAUCCGCUCCGAAGUCGGCAGCUCCGGUCAUAGCUUCAGGGUACUAACACCUUUGGUCACCCUAUAGCAGGGGUCUUCAACUACUUUUCUUCGUGGGCCAGAUUUUAAAAUUGUAAAUAUGACAUGGGCCAAACCUUUACCCCUAUUUUUACUUUUGAUAUAUUUUUUACUUUUACCAUAUAUAUGUGUGUGUGUUGUUGUCAUUUUUGUUACUUUUGUUGUAGUAUAUUUGAAAAAAACAUAUUAAAAACAUGCAUUUUCAAAAAAAAGCCUUUUAAUUACUGAAAACUCAUAUUUUCUUUAUUAAUAUUUAAAAAUAGUUUAACAUGUAAGAGCCAAAUGUUAAUAGUAAAAGUGUAAAAGAUCAACACUCCUAUUUUGUUUAUAACUGUUUAACUUUCAUUAAUUGUUACAUGUCAAGUAUUCACAACAUAUAGCCAGUAUUCUCCUAAUGACUAAAAUUGAACUACAUGUUUUCUUUUUUAAUAUUGUAUAGAUAUAUAGGCUAAACAGCUUUUCCAUUGUACAUUACAUACAGAUAUAACUG